GAGUGUGUACGCGAGUGCGUGAGUGUGUCUGGAGCACGGCGUGUGUCUCCGGCCGCGGGUUCCGCCUCCUCCCCUGCUGCCGCUGCUCACGGUGUAAGUCAAUGUGAAGCAGCAGCUCCAGCCCCGGGAUAAACAUGGCGACGUCUCUGCAUGAGGGACCCACGAACCAGCUGGAUCUGCUCAUCCGGGCCGUGGAAGCAUCAGUUCACGGCAGUAAUGCACACUGUACAGAUAAGACAAUUGAAGCUGCUGAAGCCUUGCUUCAUAUGGAAUCUCCAACCUGCUUGAGGGAUUCAAGAAGUCCUGAAUUUAUCCAUGCUGCUAUGAGGCCAGAUGUCAUUACAGAAACUGUAGUGGAGGUGUCAACUGAAGAGUCUGAACCAAUGGAUACCUCUCCUAUUCCUACAUCACCAGAUAGCCAUGAACCAAUGAAAAAGAAAAAAGUUGGCCGAAAACCAAAGACCCAGCCAUCACCAAUUUCCAAUGGGUCUCCUGAGUUAGGCAUAAAGAAGAAACCUAGAGAAGGAAAAGGAAACACAACCUAUUUGUGGGAGUUUCUUUUAGAUCUACUUCAAGAUAAAAAUACGUGUCCUCGGUAUAUUAAGUGGACUCAGAGAGAAAAAGGCAUCUUCAAACUCGUGGACUCAAAGGCUGUCUCUAAGCUUUGGGGAAAGCAUAAGAACAAACCAGACAUGAACUAUGAAACUAUGGGACGAGCUUUGAGAUAUUACUACCAAAGGGGAAUUCUUGCAAAAGUUGAAGGACAAAGGCUUGUAUAUCAGUUUAAAGAUAUGCCCAAAAACAUAGUGGUCAUAGAUGAUGACAAGAGUGAAACCUGUAAUGAAGAUUUAACAGCCCCUACUGAUGAAAAAUCAUUAGAGCGAGUGUCACUGUCUGCAGAAAGUCUUCUGAAAGCAGCAACAUCUGUUCGUGGUGGGAAAAGUUCAUCUCCACUAAACUGCUCCAGAGCAGAGAAGGGCGUAGCUCGAGUUGUUAAUAUCGCCUCCCCAGGUCACGAGGCUUCCUCCAGGUCUCCUACUACCACAGCAUCUGUAUCAGCAACAGCAGCUCCAAGGACAGUUCGCGUGGCAAUGCAAGUACCUGUUGUAAUGACUUCGUUGGGUCAGAAAAUUUCGACUGUGGCAGUUCAGUCAGUUAAUGCAGGUGCACCACUAAUAACCAGCACUAGUCCCACAACAGCCACUUCUCCAAAGGUCGUCAUUCAGACAAUCCCUACUGUGAUGCCAGCCUCUACUGAAAAUGGAGACAAAAUCACCAUGCAGCCUGCCAAAAUUAUUACUAUCCCAGCUACACAACUUGCUCAGUGUCAGCUGCAGACGAAGUCAAAUCUGGCUGGAUCAGGGAGCAUUAACAUUGUUGGAACCCCAUUGGCGGUGAGAGCACUUACUCCUGUUUCUCUAGCCCACGGUACACCUGUAAUGAGACUAUCAGUGCCUACUCAGCAAACAUCUGGCCAGACUUCUCCUCGAGUUAUCAGCGCAGUCAUAAAAGGGCCAGAGGUUAAAUCCGAAGCAGUGGCAAAAAAGCAGGAGCCUGAUGUGAAAACUUUGCAGCUGGUACAAGAUGAAAAGCCAGCAGAUGGAAAUAAGACAGUGACCCAUGUGGUGGUUGUCAGUGCACCUUCUGCUAUUGCCCUUCCUGUAACUAUGAAAACAGAAGGACUAGUGACAUGUGAGAAAUAAAAUAGCUCUCCAUGGACUGAUGUGGUGAUUGGUUAAAUAUUACUGACAUAAAUAUUUACAAGGAAGUCAUCAAGCAAAGUCAAAGAAGACUUUAAAAACCUUUUUAAUGCAUAUAAGAAAACAAUCACACUUACUGGAAAUAAAUUACCUAUCCCAUGUUUCAGUGGGAAUUGAACUACAUACUGAAAUGCUGACAGAAAACUGCCUCUUACUAUAGGAAACAACUGAACCCGUCAAUAAGAGAAAGGAUUGAAAGGGACCAAG